AUGCAGCGCUCCUCGUCCGAGGAGAAGGGCCCCGGCUACGAUGCCGAGAAGAUCGCCUACACGGGCAGCGCGGGCGACGAUGUGACGGGCCACAUCCGGGGUCUCGAGACCUCGGCCGAGACCAUGCUGCACCGCGGCCUCAAGGCGCGCCACAUCACCAUGAUUGCCAUCGGCGGCGCCAUCGGCACCGGUCUCAUCAUCGGCACCGGCAAGGCCCUGGCCCAGGCCGGCCCCGGCUCCGUCUUCAUCUCGUACUCGGUCGUCGGUUUCGUCGUCUUCCUCGUCAUGGCUGCGCUGGGUGAGAUGGCCGCCUGGCUGCCCAUGAGCGCCGGUUUCACUGGUUACGCUUCUCGGUUCUGCGACCCCAGUCUGGGUUUUGCUCUCGGUUACUGUUAUUGGUUCAAGUACAUCAUCGUAACGCCAAACCAGCUGACGGCCUUUGCGCUGGUCAUGCAGUAUUGGGUCGACCGACACACAGUGAAUCCAGGUGUUUGGAUAGCCAUAAUCAUGGUCGCAAUCAUUGUUAUCAACUACUUCGGCAUCAAGUUCUUUGGCGAAUUCGAGUUCUGGCUGUCCAGCUUCAAAGUCGUGACUAUCGUCGGCGUCAUCAUCCUGACUUUGUGUCUGGCUCUCGGCGGUGGUCCCGACCACGACCGCAAGGGUUUCAGGUACUGGCAGGACCCUGGUGCUUUCAACACCUACAUUGCUCAGGGUGCUGCUGGCAGGUUCUUGGCUUUCUGGUCUACCAUGGUCACUGCUGUAUUCGCCUUCUUGGGAACUGAGCUGGUCGGUGUGACUGUCGGAGAGGCCCAAAACCCCCGCAAGACCAUCCCUCGCGCCAUCAAGCUGACCUUCUGGCGUAUCUGCGUCUUCUACAUCCUGUCUGUCCUCUUGAUCGGCAUGUGCGUCCCCUACAACUCCGAGCAGCUCGUCUUCGCCAACAAGGCCACGAGCAACGCAGCUGCUUCGCCUUUCGUCCUGGCUAUCAAGCUGGCCGGCAUUGGAGGUCUCGACCACGUGCUCAACGCCUGUAUCUUGGUGUUUGUGUUCUCGGCCUCCAACUCCGAUUUGUACAUCGCCAGCCGAACCCUCUAUGGUCUCGCCUCUGACGGUUCCGCCCCCGCAGUGUUCCGCAAGACAAACAAGGACGGCGUGCCCAUCUACGCUCUGGGUCUGUCUGCCUGUUUCUGUCUCCUGGCCUUCAUGAACGUCUCGGAUGAUUCCAAGACUGUGUUUGGUUACUUCGUCAACCUGACGACCAUCUUCGGCCUCAUGACCUGGAUUUCCAUCCUCGUUACCCACAUCUGGUUCGUGCGUGCACGCAAGGCCCAGGGCCUCGCCAACAGCGAGAUGCCUUACGUUGCUCCCUUCGGUAUCUAUGGAUCUUACGGUGCUUUGGCCAUCUGCAUCUUGAUCGCACUGACCAAGAACUACGAUGUUUUCACUGGCGAGGGAUUGAGGACCAAAUACGCCACCUUCAUCACCGGUUAUCUGGGCAUUCCCCUCUACCUCAUACUGAUCUUCGUCCACAAGGUGGUCACUAAGAGCAAGGGUGUCCGCCCGCACGAGUGCGAUUUCUACACGGGCAAGGAUAUCAUUGACCGCGAGGAGGAGGCAUUCAUAGCAGCCAAGGCCGCUCAGAAGGCUGAGAAGGGCGAGGAUGCCGGCGGCGCCUUCUACAAGAAGUGGGUCUCAUGGUUGUUCUAG